UCGCUCGUUCAACCUCGACAAAGAUAGAGACAGGAUCUGAAAAAAAAACUGUGAAAAUCUAAAUUAUCCUCAACAGAGGAGGAGUUUGAAUUAGAAAAAUGUCCCGUAAAUGGGGAUGAAAGAGGAUGUUAGAUUAGGGGAUAAGCUAGAUGGAAGGUAAAUGAGAUUGCAUUCUCUGACGCAUUCUAUCACGCAUUCGCACAUUUCUAUAUGGGUCUAGGUCAUGGGGGAUGAGUUGCGCGCGUCCGAUAAACACGAAAACUCGGCAAACAGAGCUAAUGGAAUUUUUUCUUUCCCCAUCUCUCAUCCCUCCAACCCACAAUUGCCCUUGAGGUAUUGUAAUACGUUUCAGUAGCUCGAUCGUACAAGUGGAAAACGUUCCAUUAUCUUUCGAAAAAUGGUACUAUACACAAUUCAUAUGUGUAAUUAACGCCUUGAUUGUCGUGGAAACCUUUUCGAUUAGAAAUUAGUGAGCGAGUUGAAUACACGAGUAUAGAAAGAAUGGUUAAAUAUCGAAAAUAGUGGAUAUCAUCCGUUAUACAAUUUAGUAGAGCACGUAAAUUAUAUUAUAGAUAUAAAGUUACACGCGUUUCAACGGAUUUCCACGGGAUUUACUGCAACAUUGACCAGGAAGGGAACGCUUAUUUAUAAUUCGAUUAUAUAGGUCGAGGUCUAGGUUUCAUUGGAAAAUCGACUGAUACUCGAAUUUUCUCAACUGACUGCGCUUGAACGUUGUACUUACAUACAUACAUACUACAUUAUUGAUCUUGAAGUAGAGUCUUAUAUUGUAGUUGCUAUUAUCUAUCGGUAGUGUACAACGAGAUCGAUGAACUUGAACUUGUCACGACCAUUGUAAAGAACUGAUUAUUUUCCUUAUUUGCCAUUAGAAAUUUCGAUGAAAAUGUUAAGUAAUUCUUUUCCAGCUGAAAAGUACAUAUGCAUAUGCUCGGUAUAUUUUCAUAUUCAUAUGGAUGUUAAAAAUAAAUUGCAGAAGAACGAUCACUUACAAUUAGAUUUUCCGAUAUAAUGUACAAUUAUAAUUAUUGUACCGUAUUGGUAAAUUGAAUAGGGGUAUGUAGAUGUAUACAUACUUGUUAAUAAGAAUGAAAUAUUUCUUAAAACAUUUCAUUCAUAUCCACCUAUGUAUAAUAAUAACAGUCUUGAUAAUACAAUAUGUAGUUGUUCAUAUCGAUUGACUGGCAGUAUUCUUGGACUGUUUUAUUCUUAAUACCAAACAAUCGAUAAGUGUACAUGUAUGUAUAUAUGGGAUUCUGAUCGAUUUUAGAAUAAACAUGUUCGAUGCUUGGUGUACGCCACGCCGUAAUGUUAAUUAAAAUUUAACGUUUAUUACAAUUUAUCCUGAGUUAUUACAAGUUAUCACUGACAAUGAAUUAUUGAUUUUAAAACUCCAUGUAGAAUUUUCAUUUUAAUUUCAAUUAGGAAUUUUCUCGAUUAGAAGUUGACCGAAAAUCGUUUCAUUAUGUCUCCUAUUUGGAUAUUUGAAAACGUUGAUGAAUCAAUAUUUGUCACUCCAAUUUCUUUAGAAAGGCUUAACGUCGUCGAGCUUUCGUAUAACCCUUCAUUUUCCUUAACAGCCUUUUCAGACGAUGUCAUUUACACAAUGUUUCGAUGCUCGAUUGCUUAAUAAUUAAUAAUUAUUACAAGGCUACUAUUGCUUUUCUCUUUAACGUCUUUCAACUUGAUUCUAUAAGAAAUUUCAAUAAAUUUCUCUUAUUAUCUAUUUCCAUGUUGGAUCAUUUGAAAGGUACGAUUUACCUGUACCGAUCUUUCAAUCGAAAAGUAAACUACCAAUGCACGGUCGGUAAAAAGUAGGCGGGAAAAUGUCCGAUCGUAUCUUGAGGAAACUUUUUUCUUGGCAAGAAGCCUGGAUUUCGUGCAGAGAGUUAUUCUUGGCACGAAUCGUCCAUGACGAUGACGAUGAUCGUCGACGAGGUGGUGGCCGGUCGAGUAGCAACAGAAGGAAUACAGAGAGUAGUCAGAGACGGUUCGGUUAUUCGGUUAUUCGGUUCGCAAAAGAGGACGAAUCUGAGGGAAGCUCGCGACGCGAUCGAUCAAACGGCGACAAUUACUUGGAUCUAAAAGAGAGAAGGUCCCCGUUUGUAGAUUUCGAGUUGUCAGUUUUUGAAAUUCCAGUUCAUGAUAUUCAGUCGUUGAACGAUACACAGCACGAAGCGGGAGGAGUAUAUUUAAAUGAAAUCAAUUUUCAAAUUGAAACUGACAACGUAGGACAUUGCUCCACGAUGGAAUAAGGGAUGAUAAAAAUACCUAAUUAUCCAGAUAAAUCGUUUGUCACUCUUUAAAAUUGUACAUUCGGCAAAAACCGAUUAAAAGAUCGAUGAAUCCUUGAAUGUUUGGAGGGUAAGUUGAAAGGAGGGAUAAAUUUGUCUGGCAGGUAGGAGUCGGAGAUUUGUUGACUGCUUUUUUCACGAGAUUCGGCCAACGUUUCAAGUGUCAUCGCCAAGCAAACUCUAUUUCGAUCUCAGAUUUAAUCCGUACCUAGUGAAUUUCCUUUGCCUCGUCGUGUCGUAAACGUAAGAUGAAUUCUAUUUGGUUCCGAGUUAAAGUACCCUUUUCUUUCGUCCAGUCAUUUGAAAAAUUUCUAUCGGUCCAGAGUUUCUUCUUUUCGUCUUCGUAAAUGAGAGUUCAUAAUCGAUAACUCAAACUUUAGAUUACUCAAAAUAUUUUUUCAAUUGGUCUUUUCAUGAAAUUACAUCAUUGGUUAAUUAGAAUUCAAGAUACUAUAGUAUCUUUUCUUACACAAAUUCAGGGAAAUUCAGGAAGAGGAAGAAGAAAUUAAGAUAGCAAGCCGAAAAUUUAAAUUGAAAAAUGGCAUUCGAAUACUGAAUACUAAUUAAAGUUAAAUUAUCUUUAUUUUCAACAAAAUUUGUAUAAAAGAGUUUUUAGAAUGAACAUUAUUCACAUGACAACUCGAAAAUCUGUUUCAAAUUUAUACGACCCAAUUAAAACGUGUGAUAGAGAAAACUUUUUUCAAUAGGAAAUUGAAAGAGCAAAGAAACAGUGUUUGCUAAUAUGAAUUAAGAUUAAACCGAAAUAGUGAUGAAAGGUAAAACGAUUAAAAUCGUUCACAAGUGAAGUUUGAUAAUUAUUGAAGGGAAUAAUGAUGGUUGGAUGAUGAACGGUGAAAUAAAAAGUUGCAAGCACAUCUUAUCGUGAAAAGAAUUGCUAUCGUAAGAGUUUCGAGGCGAUGUCAUCGUGGAAAGGAUCGGUAAUAUGGCCAAAAGUUCGUUUACGAGAAGCAAAGAUGGAAAAUAA